AUGAGAACCGAAUCUGAGGAAGAAGUAUUUGAGGAUGUAGUAAGAGAGGAGGAGGAGGCCGCAAAGUUGUCGCAGAAGUCUACCGCAAGAAAAACUAAGUCUACCGCAGAUAAGUCGCAAACUGAACAGAAAAGGGACAAGCUUAUAGAGCUAUCGAGGGAUGGUAUAAUAGAGAAGCCCGCAAGUUUUAUAAGAGUGUCUAACAAGGAUGUUGUAGAUAGACUGUACCAUGAGUAUGAAAGUCAGAGGAUGUCAUGUGCAAGCGACUUCUUAUCAACACUUAUUAUUUCCAAGUUUGCGGCAAUUCUGGGUAGAUUCAAUGCAGUGGAAUCUUCAGAAAAAACUAUCAGAGGAACUACUUAG